UCUUUUAUAUCGCUUCGACGUGAAACAUGAACGGUAUCGUGGAGAGAAACGCUUCCGGUAAAUCCUGGAUGGCAAUAGCGAUGGUGUUCUGGCUGUUUCAUCUGACUGGAAUAGUGACUGCACAGCCUGGAUACGAUAGAUUAACAAAUGACAACACAAUUGGCAUAUACGACUCUUUGCUAAGUUUCGCAAAAGUGGGGCAGAACGAUGUCGCAGGACAAGUGAACGAAGAAAUAUCUGGGACGAUUAAAGAACGGCAUAAACGGUUAUCGGACCAAAGGCGAGCAGAACUAGAGACCCUGAUGGCUCUGUCGAAAAUGACGGGGAAAAUGGUGAACGUGAUGAGGGGAGGUCGUCAACUGCAAGAAGCAACUCGAUCCGGUCGAAAGAAGCGAUCAGUCUUCGAUCUAAACGUGAAGAAUCUGCAGAAACUCUUCCGUCUGUCUGCCAAACUAGGCUACAAGGGAACCGCGGAGUAUCCUGUCGUUAGUUGAAACUUCAGAACAAUGAAGAGAACAUUGGCGUAAACUCACUUAUACACGGUGGUACACUGAAUCGU